GCCGUCUUUUGGACCGAGGAGUUUAGACCAUCAUCUCCAUCUCCCCGACAUCCAUAGACUAGGUCAUCCUUCUUCCAUCCGUCCAUCCCUUCAUCCGUCAGACGUCACGCCAUUCCCUCAUCCCAGCACGCUCCACUCCUCCUUUUCUCGUCACUACGCCUGUUCUUCAUCCCACCCGACCCCUCCCUCCACGACCUUUCCAACUUCUCCACUUCUACUCGCCGUUUUCCGUUCCUUUCUCCGCGAUUGACAGAAAGCGUCGAUCACUCUUCAGUACACGCGCAGUCGCGGCCGAUCGGUACGACACGUGCCGCAACGUGACUGGGUGUCGCCAUAUCCGCCGAUAAAAUGGCGGCGUCCUCGUCUCUGCUGCAAGCGGGCUUCAGAUCCGCGCGAGACGCGCUGACUCGCGGCAAUCAAUGCAGCCUCCUUGCUGCCAGAAAUCUCCUCCCGCGAUCGCUCCAACAUCAGGAGCGCGCUGAUUUCAGCACGGAAAGUGCCGCUGGGCAAGAGACAUCCCCUGAGCACCCUGCUGUCAUCGCCCCAUCGCUUGCUGCUAACGCUGCUGGUACUGCUGACGCUGCUGCCGCUGCAGACGCCGCAGACGCUGGUGUCGCUGGUGGUGCAGAGAAAGGGUUCGAUGCUCGGCCUCGCCCUUUGCUGGUGAAGCUGCUGAAUGCGCCCCGCCACGCGCUCAAGGAGGAGGUUCUGCGAAAGUUCCAUGGCUGUGGGCUGACGUCAGCGGAUGUGUUCACUGUGCUGGAUGACAGACUGCGCACGCUGCACUGGCAUCUUGAAUUCAAGUCAACAGAUGCAUUCAAAAAGGCACAAGCUAUACUGGGUGCUCAAAACAGGCUGGGCUCGCGAAUCCUGCGCCUAGAAGAGUAUUCCUCCAGGGACCAUCAAGUGGCAUUUCACAACAAGCAUCACAACCCAGACCUAUGGGGGUGGAGGGAUGUGUCGCUCAUCAUGAUGGGGCUGCCUGACGAUGUCAAGACGGAGGAGAUCGAGCAGUUCUUUGAGGACUACAUGCUCCAGCCGCCGUCCGUGUACCACGUCAGACUUCAGCACAUGGGCGUCAAGACGCCAGUGCGGCUGCGCAUGAAGGGUGAGAUGCGGCCGAUCAUAGACCUGGUGGAACGGCGGGCGGUGGUGCGGUUCGCGGACCAGAGGGAGGCGCUGAGGGCGCUGAGGGAGAAGCACCGGGAAUUCCUGGGAGAUAGGAUGGUUGAGCUCAGGCUUCUACAAUGAACGCGUAACACUGUAGCUGUGAUGGAGCGGCGGCGGUGGGCGGUGGUGAGAUACGUGGACCAGAGAGAGGCGCUGAGAGCACUGAGGGAGAAGCACAGGGAAUUCCUGGGAGAUAGGAUGGUUGAGCUCAGGCUUCUACAGUAGUUGUGUAACUAAGAUACACAUUCUGUAGUGAAAACAUGAUUGAAGAUGACCUCGAAGAAUGAGCGACAGAUGGAGCGGUCUACAUGGCAUUGUUGUUAACGUGAAUGAAUGAUAAACACAUGUGGAACAAGGGAGAUAUAUGU